AUGGCGGAAAAACAUGCGACGGCGAGUGGUAAUGAUGAUGCCAUUAGAGUAAGCGGUAUGGAAUUUGGUUAUGAAGUUGAGGAUCCUAUAUUCUUCGACUUCAAUCUCGAUCUUCCUGCUGGAUCUCGCUGCCUUUUGGUUGGUGCCAAUGGAUCUGGCAAGACCACCUUAUUGAAGAUUUUAGCUGGAAAGCAUAUGGUUGGAGGAAAGAACGUUGUACAAGUUCUUAGCCGUUCGGCUUUCCAUGAUACUCAGCUUGUUUGCAGCGGUGACUUGUCUUAUCUUGGAGGCUCAUGGAGUAAAACCGUCGGUUCAGCUGGUGAGGUUCCUCUCCAGGGAGACUUUUCAGCUGAACAUAUGAUAUUUGGAGUUGAAGGAACUGAUCGUGUGAGACGAGAGAAAUUGAUUGAUCUUCUUGAUAUCAAUCUUAAUUGGCGUAUGCAUAAGGUUUCUGAUGGGCAGAAACGCCGAGUGCAGAUAUGCAUGGGACUCUUACAUCCAUUCAAGGUGUUAUUACUCGACGAGGUCACUGUUGACCUAGACGUUGUUGCAAGGAUGGAUUUGCUGGAAUUCUUCAAAGAAGAAUGUGAUCAGAGAGGAGCUACAAUUGUGUAUGCAACUCACAUAUUCGACGGGCUAGAGACAUGGGCUACACAUUUGGCCUACAUUCAGGACGGUCAGUUGAAUCGUUCAUCGAACAUGGCAGAUAUCAACGAGCUGAAAACUGCACCCAACCUCCUCUCCGUGGUAGAAUCGUGGCUCCGUUCUGAAACCAAACUCGAGAAGAAGAAAAAGAAGCCUGUACCAGCAUGGAAACCAUCUCCAUUCGAUAACUCUCCUUUUAGAUCAUCAAGACACAUGGCUUAUUACCGAUGA